GGGAGGCGGCGGCGGGCGGCAGGGCAGCUCGACGGGGUAGGGCGGGCGACCGGGGCGCGGGGCGGCGCGGUGGAGCUCGCAGGACCAUGGCGACAGCGGCGGCGCCCGGGCGGGCGCGGCGAGGGGCACCCAUGUACUCGAAAGAGCUCACAUCAAAGAAAAGAGAUGAGUUUGAGGAUAUUUUGGAGGAAAGACGGUUGUCCAGUGACUUGAGAUACGCCAUGAAAUGUUACACCCCAGUGAUCUACAAGGGACUUUCACCUUGCAAGCCAAAUGCUAUCAAAAGUGCUGUUCUCCAGUCAGAGCAAGUUCAGUAUGUCAUCAAGCAGUUAGCAAAAGAAAUGGGAGAAUCACCUGAUAUUAUUCAAGAAGAAGCCAUGGAAAUCCUGGAUGAAAUGGGCCACCGUAUGCAACUAGGAGCUGUCAGAUUUUUUGCCUUCACUCUGAGCAAAAUAUUUAAACAGCUUUUCCAGAGAGUUUGUGUGAAUGAAGAAGGAAUGCAGAGAUUGCAACAUGCCAUUCAGGAGCAUCCCGUGGUGCUGCUGCCCAGCCACCGAAGCUACGUAGACUUUUUGAUGCUGUCUUAUUUGCUAUACACGUAUGACUUGGCCUUGCCUGUCAUUGCAUCAGGAAUAGAUUUCCUAGGAAUGAAAAUAGUUGGGGAGCUGCUACGAAGGGCAGGUGCCUUUUUUAUGCGACGUUCCUUUGGUGGGAACAGACUCUACUGGGCAGUGUUUGCUGAAUAUGUAAAAACGAUGUUAAGGAGUGGCUAUGCCCCAAUUGAAUUUUUCCUUGAGGGGACUAGAAGCCGCACUGCCAAGACUCUGACUCCAAAAUUUGGUCUUCUCAGCAUUGUGAUGGAACCCUUUUUCAAACGUGAAGUCUUUGACACGUAUCUUGUUCCCAUCAGCAUCAGCUAUGAGAGGAUAUUAGAAGAAUCUCUCUAUGCAUACGAACUCCUAGGAGUCCCAAAGCCCAAAGAAUCUACAUCUGGGUUGUUAAAAGCCAGGAGAAUCCUCAGUGACAAUUUUGGUACCAUACAUAUCUACAUUGGCCAGCCAGUAUCCCUUAGAACCUUGGCAUCUGGGAGGAUCAAUCGGUGCCCGUACAAUUUGGUUCCCAGGCAUCUUCCCCAAAAGCCAUCUGAGGAUAUCCAAGAAUUUGUCAGUGACGUAGCUUAUAAAAUGGAGCUCCUGCAAAUAGAAAACAUGGUUUUGAGCCCAUGGGUGCUAGUUGCUGCUGUCCUGCUCCAGAACUUGCCAGCCAUGGAAUUUGACCUUCUAAUAGAAAAGACUCUGUGGCUUAAAGGCUUAACACAGACUUUUGGAGGAUUCAUUGAAUGGCCUGAUAACCUGUGUGCCAAAAAAGCAGUCCUGUCUAGCCUCAUCCUGCAUUCCAACAUCGCUCGCCUUGUCGAUGGCCACAUGGUCCUGAAUGACAAGGGAGUGGAAGAUGGAGCCAUAGGGGAAAUCGUCUUCAGGCACGCGCUGGCCGUGCUCAUGUGUGCCACGUACAGGAACCAGCUGCUGAACGUCUUCGUGCGCCCAGCCCUGGUGGCAGUCGCCUUGCAGAUGGCACCCAGCUUCAGGAAAGAGGAAGUCUAUAGCUGCUUCAACUUCUUGAGAGAUGUUUUUUCUGAUGAGUUCAUCUUCUUUCCUGGCAUUUCAUUGAAGGAUUUUGAGGAAGGAUGUUUUCUACUCACAAAAUGUGAUGCCAUUCAAAUGAGUCAACAGGAGAUUUACCCUACUGACAAAGGAAGUGAUACGGUGUCUUUCUUGUCAGCUAUGUUCAGACCUUUUGUGGAAGGUUAUCAGUUAAUUUUCAGAUACCUCUCAAAGGAAAUGAAAGAAGCAUUUACUGAGAAGCAGUUUAUACCCGGAGUCCGCAACUUUGUUUUUCAACUUCUCGAGAAGGGGAGUACACAAUGUUAUGAAGCACUGUCUUCUGACAUGCAGAAAAAUGCCUUAUCAGCUCUUGUGAAACUGGGUGCAGUGAAGAAGAAGAAAAUGCCCAAUGGAUUAACUUACAAUGUAAAUCAAGAGGCUGUUAGUAAAAUCCUGGACAUGUUUGAUGCUCGGAUACCUGUACAGAAACCUGUGGCUGCACGACUCUAAAUGGUCCCUGAUGCUGUGAGUGGAUGUAAGCUCCUGCUGAGAACAUGGACCACUGCCCUGCUGGAGCAGGGGCAGGAACAGACAAGCUUCCCCUCUUGCCCAGCCAGCCUGCAAGUGCGGGAGGCACAGAGGUGUUUCUUCAGCUGGACAGCUCUCCAUUACCACUUAGGAAUUGCUGCUGAGAGGCUUAGAGGUGUAUGUACAUCCUCACCAUGUUUUGUUUUUUUAAAUAAAUGAAACAUUGUCUCUUUUUUAAAUAAAUAUUGAAAGAGGUGUGCACAGCAAUGGCUACCUAAAUACAUUUUUCUAGACUUGUAGCAAGUGUGAUUGGUUUCAAAUGUUUCAUGGAUGUGAAAAUGUAACAGGGAAUUAAAAGACUUGCUAUUAAAAUUAAUAUUUAGAAAAAAAUGUUGCUGGCUGGCUAAAUGUGAGGCAAGGCCUUCAUGAAUGAAGAGCACAAAUCAAACCUUGGGCAAUAACCAGAACUGAUGUGUUGGGUUUUGUGCUUCGAUAUUUUGUGUUUGGGUUGGUUUUGGUUUUGUUUUUUUGUUGUUUUUUUUUAAGGCAGCUUGGCAUUAUUUUAAUCACUUAAUGAAUGUUGUAUUUAAACACUGAAUUAAAGCACCAUCGAUUCCGUGUC